CAAACGAAAUACACAAAACGAAAUUGGCGGACAACAGCAUUUGGCGUCCCCUUGUGAUUACGCACACCCAGGCAUUGGUAUUUUCGUUAAUUUUGCGCGUAAAAUCAUCGACCAGCAAAGAGGCAUCGAGCAAUCAUGACGUUGCCUCGCUCGGAGACGCCACUGCGUCGAUCUGCAGUGGGCAGCUACCGGGAGAGCAUGGCCCGGGACAUAACAGUGAUCAAUGACGACGAGGCCGAGCGGCGGGAAGCACGCCGGCGAACGCUGCUGGUUCAGCAGGACACGCGCAAGAGUUCAGCUCUCGAGUCCAUCGAGGAGAACGAGACGAUACGCUCCUGCGUGGAUCUGUACAACUGCAAUAAGCUCAGCAAAGACAAUGCCUGGCAUAUGUCGCUGAUUGAUUCGCUGGCCACUCUAAUGGAUCGCCAUCACAAAAAGCUAAGCAACUUCAAGAUGGCUGGCUCUUCGCUGGAGGCCUCGUCCAAGGUCUACGGCCUGCGUGUAGACUCAAUAUACAUCGAUGCAAUGCGUAUAUCGGCGGGCUUGAGUGCUCGCACAUUGACGGACAAACAGAUAAACGAUGCCGACGCGGAUGAUGAGGGCUUACCUGAAGGACCUCCAGGUGAUGGCGAAGGUGGCGAUGCGGCUCCCAGUCAACAGCAGCAGGCGGCACCUAAGCCCAAGCGCCAGAAAAGGAAUUUAUCAACGGUGACAAAGAACAAGGAAACGUUGAAUGCCCGUUUGGACAUGGUGCCCAUGCAGGAUGCGGUUUUUGGGAAACUCAAUUCGACGGUGGGUUCCAUCAAUGCCUCCAAUCGCCUGAUGCACAACAUUCUGCCCAGCGUAGACUCUGAGAUGCGGCUACGCACGACCCACAAAUUCUGGGAUUCGACGGAGGAGACGGAUGAGCUCAUGGACAGCGAAACGCUGAGUGCUGGCACCAAGGAGUGGGCCAAUGAAGAGUUGUGCAAUGCGGAAUGGCUGCCUAAGCUGUACAACCAUAUGGACAAACUAAAUCUGCGGCCACUCCACACGGGCUACGUGAUAACCAGUGCCCCCAAUCCCAAGCCUCAGACGGGAUCUAUUUCAGAGGCGGCCCCCACAUAUGAUGACGAUGAUGAGGGGCUGGACAAUGCGGACGACUUCGGUGUGAAUCCCACAGAUAUAUCCGUGGCCUUUGAUAUGAACGCUGAGUGUGAGCCCAUGCCGGAUAUGGAAGCAGGUCCUCCCAUUAUCCUAGAAAUACAAUCCAAUGAUUUGCAAGAACUCACCGCCGAGGAGCAGACGGUCGUCAACAAUUGCCGCCGUUUGAGGAAAACGGCCGAAUUUAUUGACGACCUAAGGCCAGUGGAUGGUGUCACUAGGCUGGACUACUCCUACAGACCCAUGGAGCAGAUCUCACAGUUUUGGGCGGGUCCAGCGCAUUGGAAAUUCAGGCGCACUCGUCCGCGCACCACUCUGGCCCAGUCGAAUGGUCCUAUGGAUGCUGUGACUGCUGCCAAACCAAAGAAAACGGCGGCAGCGGCCGCCAAGCGACGCAUGAAGGAGGUGCAAUAUGGAAAAUUCAAAGAGGAGUUCUUUCAGCCCCUCGAUGCCAAUAUAAAGCAGCGAAAGGUCAACUAUCAAAAGAAAUGGGAUGCCCGAAAGCUGGUGCUGCCCACGAAAUUCAACUUUGAAGCGGAUUACUUUUUCAAAUACGAUUCGGCGCCGAGUAUAAAAGUUAGCCAGAGAUUUGGUGAAGCCGACCUGGAUGAGGGUAUGGGCAACGAUAUGGAUAUGGAUGGGGGCUCACACCACGGCGAUGCCGACAUAGAGCUCUUUGACAACGAACAUUUCACCACAGAUGAUCCUGUCAUGAACCGAAUGUCGGGAGCGGGCAUUGAAGAUCCCAUGGACAUGAUGAAUGUGGAUUUAUGUGAGGGUAUGCCCAGCCAGAGCCAAAGCAUGCAUGUGGGUCAGGAUACAAUCGUGGAGAUAGCCACCGAAUAUGAGGGUGCACCGAAGCAGGUCACCAAAGUGAUUGUGCCAUUCGCGAGGCGCGCCAAGGUGAUCGACAUGAAGAAUCUCAAGAAAAACUGCAAUUCUCUGAUCCAGAAACAACUCCUCAGUCCUGUCGACGAGGCAUCGAUACCCUCCCACCCAGUGCCAAAGGAAGAAAGCUACGCGAAGGGUACCGCCAGCUUCCAGGAGCUCUACCGAACGUUGCCUGAUAUGUUGAAUGCCAAAAUGAAAGAUUCUCUGUCCCCAUCGGUGGCCCUCUACGCGGUUCUCCAUUUGGCCAACGACAUGAAGCUGCGACUCAUUCCACAAGAGAAUCUAGAGGAUUUUCAAAUCCGGCAAGUUCUGGAUUAGCAUUUAAUGACGAAGUUUUUAAUUGUGCCCCCAAUUAAUGUGUUUCCUUAAACUGACGAAUCGUAUAGUAAAUGACGUACCCUCUAGCAUUGUAUCAGUAUUUCCCAUUACCCCCCUCCCAAAAUGAAAGUCAAUCUUACCUCAAUUUUAAGCACAUUUUCAUUCAACAAACGAAACGAAACGAAGCAGGGCUCAUCUCCAAUGUGUUCUCGGAUGAUUUUUUAGUUCUAUCAGUCAAGCGGUACCCCGUGUUAAGUUCUAAGAUUUAUAACAAUAGAAAUGUGUGUGUUACCAUAUAAACAAUAAAAUAUUUUUGAUAUGUGGGUACAAACCUU